AGUGAGAAAGAUUGUAGAUUGGUGGUGGUCUAAGCCUAACGUAGUCCCUUUUCAGCAAAUAUAAGAAGAUCUAUUUUCAAAUCGAUGGCGACGUACUUUCAUGGAACUUCGGAAAUCCAAGCUGACGGGUUACAGACGCUUUAUCUGAUGAACCCUGGCUAUGUCGGAUACCCUGACGCACAACCCCCAACCAACAUGGUUUUCCUCAAUUCCGCCGGAAAUACCUUGAACUCUGCAAACCUCUCUCAUCCACCACAACCCCAGCAGAGCCAGCACUUGGUCGGAAUCCCACUUCAGUCCGCCUCCGUUGCCGCGGCAGCCGCCACUUCCGCAGCGUCGCAAGACCCCGGCCGCCAAUCGGUGCAUGCCCACCACGAGAUGUCGCUCAUUCAUGGCUUUGUCCCUCGCGUUCACUACAAUCUAUGGACGUCCAUGGACCCGACGGCGGGAGCCACCGGAGGCCAGCAAACCACCCAACAGCACCAUAUUCCGACGUCAGUUGCAAACAAUUCGGUCAGUAGCGGUGUCACCGACGUUUCCUCGCAAUUGGGUCUUCGUCGGUCGAUCAUGCCGCCGUCUCAACAAGGGCUGUCUCUGAGCCUCUCGCCGCAGCAGUCAGUUUAUGGGUCUUACCGUCCGGAGUCUGAUAUUCCGGUCACAGGCCAAGCCUCAGCGAUAUCUCCGACAAACGGCAACGACAUGAGGAUGUCAGGCGGCGGCGGCUCAUCUCCGUCUGCGUCGGUGGUGCCCAAUGGGAUUUCUGGUAUGCAGAGUGUUCUGUUGGGUUCCAAGUACUUGAAGGCCGCCCAACAGCUGCUCGAUGAAGUCGUUAAUGUCGGGAAUGGAAUAAAGAAUGAAUUUUCAAAGGGGGUUAAAGAGCAGGAUAAAAUAAACAGAGAGUCUACUACUGCCACCGGAGAAGGUUCAAGCGGUGCUGGAGGUGAAACAAGCACAAAGCGUGGAGCAGAGCUCACAACUGCAGAGAGACAGGAGCUUCAGAUGAAGAAGGCUAAGCUUGUUAGUAUGCUUGAUGAGGUGGAACAAAGAUACAGGCAAUAUCAUCACCAAAUGCAGAUAGUAGUUUCUUCAUUUGAACAAGCAGCAGGGUUCGGUUCUGCGAAAACAUAUACAGCCCUUGCUCUGCAGACGAUCUCAAAGCAAUUCAGGUGUCUGAAAGAUGCAAUUUCAGCUCAAAUCAGAGCUACAAGCAAGAGCUUAGGUGAAGAAGAGUGCUUAGGAGGGAAAACUGAAGGUUCUAGACUAAGGUUCGUUGAUCAUCAACUUCGACAACAACGGGCACUUCAACAGCUAGGAAUGAUGCAACACAAUGCUUGGAGACCUCAGAGAGGAUUGCCGGAAAGAUCUGUUUCUGUUCUUCGUGCCUGGCUAUUCGAGCACUUCCUUCACCCAUAUCCCAAGGAUUCAGACAAACACAUGCUUGCAAAGCAAACAGGGCUUACUAGGAGCCAGGUCUCCAACUGGUUCAUAAAUGCUCGAGUUCGUCUAUGGAAGCCAAUGGUUGAAGAAAUGUAUCUGGAGGAAAUCAAAGAACAUGAACAGAAUGGAGGGUCAUCAGAGGAGAAAACAAGUAAAAGUGAACUCAAUGAAGAGUCAUCUGUGUCUAAAUUAACUGCUCAGCAAGAGAACAGUACUCCAGUUAGAGCAGACCGCAACAAAAAUCUCAAGUUAAAUAUUGAAGGCAAUCCAACUCAUGCCAACCCAAAUAAUUCUCCAUUAUCUGCUGCAAUUUCGAGUCCUUCAACAUCGACAAUGGGUGGAAACAUCCAAGCCCAAUGUGGAUUCUCCCUUAUCGGGUCACCAUCUUCGGAUGUGGGAGCAGCAGGGCUCAUGCAAGGAAGUCCCAAGAAGUCCAGGACAAACAACUUGCAGAAUUCACAGAGUAGCUUUGCAUCCAUGGACAUGGACGUGAAGCCUGCAGGGGAGAAUAACAACAGAGAUUUCAGUGCGAAAUUCGGUGAUGAAAGACAGAGCAGAGAUGGUUACUCAUUAUUAAUGGGAGGAACAAGUCAUGGAGGAGGAGGAGGAUUUGGUGGAUAUUCAAUUGGGGAGCUUGGGAGGUUUGAUCCUGAGCAAUUCCCACCACCUAGGUUCUCUGGCAAUGGAGUUUCACUUACUCUUGGUCUUCCCCAUUGUGAAAACCUCUCUCUCUCAGGAACUCAUCAUCAACAGACCUACCUACCAAACCAGAACAAUAUUCAACUGGGAAGGAGACUCGAGAUGGCGGGGAAUACUGGAGAACCUAAUAAUGAUUUCUGUGGGAUAAACACUACUACUCCAACUUCUCAUUCCACUGCCACUUAUGAGAGCAUCAACCUUCAGAACAGAAAGAGGUUUGCAGCACAGUUGUUACCGGAUUUCGUGGCCUGAUCAGUAGAUGUGUUCUUUGAGGAUUUGGGUAAGCUUGUAGGGUUUCCAAUCCAAAUCAUUGGAUCAGGGGAAGACAGAGAAGGAGACCGAGGAGAUAAAUGUGACACAGUACUCUCCCUCUCCUCCUCUUGCCUUCUUUUCUGAGGAAGAGAGGAUUAAUUUUAAGCCUAGUUAGUGUAAAGAAAGAAGGAAAGUUACUUUUAGUAGUACAGCUAGAUUUAUACUUCAGGAGAUCCAUUUGUGUUUCUUGAUAGUGUAGGAGCUCAGAUCUUAUGGUUGGGGAUUGUAUAUCAAAUUUAUACCUUUUGGAGAUAUGUAGAUGUCUUAAAUUAAUAUGCAAAUCAGUUAUUGGGUAUACAAAUAUAUGUUUGUAGACUUUAUAUAUGUUGAUUCA